AUGGCAUCGGAUCAGUACUUGAAUGUCAUCUGGCAACCGAAGUCCAGAGUGUUCUGGUGUGUUGUGGUUGGAGCCGUCAUCAUUGCGUCGGAGUGGAGUUGCCGUGGCAGCCCUGACGGGGCGCAGGAGGAGGGUGGCAAUGGAGAGGGACUGGGCGAUGGGGCAGACCGUGGAUUGGACGGCGACCCUGAGGGAGUGUGGAGUCCAGACAUUGAGCAGAGCUUUCAGGAAGCUCUGGCCAUCUACCCUCCCUGCGGCAGGAGGAAGAUCAUACUUUCAGAUGAAGGGAAGAUGUAUGGUCGAAAUGAGCUGAUAGCUCGGUAUAUCAAGCUGCGAACAGGGAAGACACGCACGCGCAAACAGGUGUCUAGUCACAUUCAGGUUCUGGCACGUAAGAGGGUACGAGAAUACCAGGCGAGCAUCAAGGCCAUGAACUUGGACCAGGUAUCCAAAGACAAGGCACUGCAGACAGUAGCCAACCUCUCAUCAGCUCAGAUUGUGUCUGCGAGUGUAAUGAAACCCCAGACUCCCUUCCCUCCACCAGUCAGAUUUUGGCCCGGCCCUGUGCCAGGACAGCCUGGACAUUCUCAGGACAUUAAGCCCUUUGCACAGCCACCAUACACUACACUACCAGCCCCUGUCCCUGCACCUAUCAGUUAUGAGCCCCUCCCACCCCCUCGCCCUGCAGCUAUAGCAGCUCCUGUAUGGCAAGACCGAACCAUUGCCUCAGCAAAACUACGGCUCCUGGAGUACUCUGCUUUUAUGGAGACCCAGAGAGACAGAGAGACGUACAAACACCUUUUUGUACACAUUGGCCCAUCGAACCCAAGCUACAACGACCCUGUUUUGGAGUCCAUAGAUGUGAGGCAGAUUUACGACAAGUUCUCUGAGAAGAAAGGAGGCCUGAAGGAGCUGUAUGAAAAAGGGCCGCACAAUGCAUUCUUCCUUGUCAAGUUCUGGGCGGACCUGAGCAGUGACAUUGAGGAGGGUUCUGGUGCCUUUUACGGUGUGAGCAGCCAGUACAGUGGAACAGAAAACAUCACCAUCAGUGUCUCAACAAAGGUCUGCUCCUUUGGUAAACAGGUGGUGGAGAAGGUUGAGACAGAAUAUGCACAUAUGGAAGGAGGAAAGUACGUGUUCCGUAUCCAUCGUUCGCCCAUGUGUGAAUACAUGAUCAACUUCAUCCAUAAACUUAAACACCUGCCAGAGAAAUACAUGAUGAACAGUGUACUGGAGAACUUCACCAUACUACAGGUGGUGUCCAACAGAGAAACCCAGGAGACUCUGCUGUGCAUCGCCUUUGUGUUUGAAGUAUCCACUAGUGAACAUGGAGCGCAGUACCAUGUUUAUCGACUAGUUAACGACUAGCAGCACGUUGCGUGCAUGCAGAGACUUUCCACAGACUUUUUGAUGCAUAGAGCAUAAACACUAUUUCCAGCUCAAACACACAGAAACCCCACUCCUCUAUUCUAAACGCACUCUUGUUUUAACAGACCAACAGUCCCACUGUAGUCACACCUGUUGUUUAAUGUGUAUGCAUUUCCAUAGCUGCAAUCUAGGCCCACAUCUGUCUACAACACCCCAUGACUUAAAACACUAAAGCCACAAAAAUGUCUCACCUUGUGAAACUGAUUGUGCACACUCUCUCAAUGUCAGGCUCAAAACGUCACAGUUCAUUAGCCUUUUCUUUUUAAAUGAGAAAUUUAAUUCACUGACAAAUAUGAUGAAAAGGUCAAAUAAAAGAGAAGAAAAACGUUUAGUUUAAUAUGGGAUAUUCUCCCAUCACUUACAAUGAGGAUGCAUCUGUGAUGCAUUAAAAUGAAUCAUGAAUUUCUAAGGAAUUUUUCAUGCAUAUGCAUUUACAUCAUAGGUGUGACUGAUGUGAGACGAGUUUGAAUAUAGGUUGGCAAACAAAUCAUUUAAUCAGUGUUAAUGUAACUCUGCCACAAUGACUAUUUCUUCUACAGUUUGUAUUGUCUCUGUAUGGUAGGAAUUGAAUGAGCCUAUAAUGGUGUAUCUUCUAUCACUGCUUUAAGUGGAGUUGUGAUCUUCAGUUUGUUCAAUCAAAACUUUUAAGGAUCAUAUGACAUAAAGAAUGAGUGUGCCUCUUCUCAAAAUAUAAUGCACUACAUGUAAAGACAUACAAGUCGUAUUUAUAUUUGAAACACAGUGUCAAAGGUGUAAAGAGAGCCAUUAUUUUAGGUGUUUUUGUUCAAAGGUUUCCAGUGGUACGUGAUGUGGAGGGAAAGAUUUUGCUCAAAUCUCAAGGAAGUGUUCAAAAGUUUGACUCACUUGUCUUUGGAAACAACAAAAUGGUUCACAGUUUGAGAUUCAGUUCACACUUGGGUGUCAGCAGCAUUUUUGAAUGAAAGAAUUACCUUUACUGUUCAUAGACACGAUACUGUUUUUACUCUGACUGUGUGGGCUUGCUGCAGUAUUUCUACCUCCACGUGAGUUGGGAUAAGAAUGUGCUUUGGUUCAUAAAGCCUUAACCUGAGGAGCACUGAUGUAUAGGACGUGUACACUACACUUGCAAUGGUACUGUUUUAUAAGCCAAAACAAGGUAAAAAGACUCGUUUUUGUAAAGAUGAACUUUGAUCUUUUUUGUAUUUUACCAGCACAGCUAGAAGUGUUACACUUAACAUCAUAAAUGAUGGGUGUUUCAGUUUUUUUUUUUCUUUUUUGAUGUAUGCAAAAUGAUGUCUGGUACACACCACACUAAGGUUACCCAUAGUGCACUGGGGUAGAUUUUUGCCUGACAACACUAACAAACUAUCCAACUGACACUUGCUUUUUUUUUUUCUUUUGUUCUAUGUAAUGUUUUGGAUUUCUGGUACACAUGGCUACCAGCAUUUUUUAUGGUAAAUCUUACUUGACACUAUCACGCCCUCUCCUGGCAGGAUAAUUUUUAACCAUGUGGAAAGUAAUGACUUGUCUUUUGACUUUGUAUCAUGAAAGUAAGAGCCAGCUGGCUCAGUUUUAACAUAACAUCUUCAUUUAAUAUUCAUUGUGUGGUCGGCCAAAAGUGUUUUUAUUUUAUUAUUUCUUUCCUGUCCGUGUACUCUGGUUGGCUGUGCCUCAUCACUCCUUUGGUCAAGUCUGCUCAGUGAAUUAAAUCUGUGCCUUCAUGCUGUACCAAUAAAAUCACAGUGUUUGCAGAAUCAUGUAGUCUUUAGUCUUGGUAGUAACAACUAGACAACUUUUUGAGAGAGGAAAUCAUCAUUAA